GAGGCCGCGCUUCCGGCCUCCAUUUUACACAAACAGCGACGGGCCGCGGGUCGAGGCGGUGCGGCUCGGCCUUUGCUGUGGGUGCGGGAGGCGGCUUAGCGAGGGUGGGCGCGUGUGCUGAGCCGAGCCGCCCCUCUCCCUGCCCGCCCGGCGCGGGGAUGGGAGCCCCCCGCUGCCUGCGGAAGUUCCGCCGUGCUCGCUGAGCCCAUCCCGAGCGGCUCCGAGCGGCUCCGAGCGGCUCCGUGUGCCGGGCGGGGGGAGAGGGGGAGAGGGGCAGGCCCGGCGGCAUGGAGCAGGGCGUGGUGGGCCACCCGGUGACCCUCAUCAUCAAGGCGCCCAACCAGAAGUACACCGACCAGACCAUCAGCUGCUUUCUGGACUGGACUGUGGGCAGGUUGAAGUCUCACCUUUCCGACGUUUAUCCCAGCAAGCCGUCCACAAAGGAUCAGAGACUGGUGUAUUCUGGCAGACUGCUUCCCGAUCACCUGCAGCUGAAAGAUGUUCUCAGAAAACAAGAUGAAUAUCAUAUGGUUCAUCUGGUUUGUACUUCCCGGACACCUCCAAGUUCUCCAAAACCAAGCACCAGUAGAGGUGGUCACGGAGCUUCAACCUCCAGCAGUAGCUCAAGUUUGGACCAUACUGGAUCAAAUACUGCCUCACCCACAAACCAAGAAGCUUCAUCUACGUCUUUGAACACUAGUGCAGAUGGAAUGAGACAUCGUAAUCUUCCACAAGCACAGAGCGAUCCCAUACCAAGCCACCAGUUUCCUUAUGUAAUGCAGGGCAAUUUAGGCAACCAGUUUCCAGGCCAGGCUAUUCCUGCUGGAUUUCCUGUGUAUCCUGCAUUCAGUCCCUUUCAGAUGAUAUGGUGGCAACAAAUGUAUGCACGUCAGUACUACAUGCAAUACCAAGCUGCUGUUUCAGCCCAAGUGACAUCCAGCACUGAACCAGUGAGAUCUGCAGUUGCUCAGGCUGUAAAUUCACAACGUGCUCCUGCAAAUGAGCAGCAUGCAGCAGUGCCCAAUGUAGCCAUCCAGGAGAACAGGCCUGUGAACCCGAAUGUUCAGAUGAAUGCCCAGGGAGGCCCUGUGGUGAACGAGGAGGACUUCAACCGGGAUUGGCUGGACUGGAUGUACACAUUCUCUAGAGCAGCUAUUCUUCUGAGCAUUGUAUACUUCUAUUCUUCCUUCAGCCGGUUUGUCAUGGUAAUGGGAGCCAUGCUACUGGUUUACUUACACCAGGCUGGAUGGUUCCCCUUUAGGCAAGAGGGUGGCCAGCAACAAGCACCCAAUAAUGUGGAAGGGAACCGUGAUGGGCAAAAUGCAAAUAAUCCUGAUCUUGAAGAGAUGGAACGACUUAUGGAUGAUGGGAUUGAUGAAGAUAGUGGAGAAGAUGCGGGGGAAGAUGCCAAUGUAGAGCAGCAGCCUGGAUUCAUGGCUUCUGCUUGGUCCUUUAUCACAACCUUCUUCACGUCACUCAUCCCUGAAGGGCCUCCACAGGUUGGCAAUUAAAAUGAAAGAGGAACUGCAUCAGACAGUCUCAGUAGCCAUACAUAGAAGUGGAGCAGAUUCUAGAGAGUGUUUUAAACGCAGUGCAAUUUCAUAAAAUUUAUAUUAUCUUUUUGAUCAUGAUGUACAAAAAUGUGUAUUUUUUUUUUCUUUUGGCUUUCUUUCAUGCAUUAUGUAUUUUAAGCACAAGUGGACUACUAAAUGCUUUCCUUAAGAUUCUUCUUUUUCUGAAGAAUGAAAUGUAAAGAUACUGGUCUUCCAUGUUUUAUUUUAAUUUCAGAUGUGUAUUACACUGAGGCAAGAAGCUUGUACUUAAUCUGCACCACUACCUCUUUAAAGAGCUGUUAAAAAUCAGGAAUGUUGACAGACCUUCCUAAAUGCUGUCUGAAUAAUUUCAGUGUAUGUUAACUUAGUUCCGUGCAGGUAUGAAUUGGGAUUUGGAACUUGCGUUGUUCCCAAGCGUAGAGGUGGCUAACAGCUCUUCAAAGAGAAUCAAAAGUGAUGGGAUAAACCUUUAAAUGUUUGAUACAUGCAGUACUUUUUAAAAAACAUAGCUGUACUGGGGGGUGGGGGAAAACAUGUAAAUUAGUUUUUUUAAUAAAAACUAUUAUGGCGACCCUUUUGGAUGUUUAUAUGCAUAUUUGAAUGCAGACGACUGUACAGUGCAUUGUUAAGGAAGAGGAUAUGAUUGAGAGUGGAAUAAAGUUAAUCACGGUGGCAUUACUGA